AUGUUUGCUUCCGGUGCAGAUACCGGCCAUGAGAGUGCGGGAGUAGUGCCUAUGCGGUUUGUUUGGCCUUAUGGAGGGAGGAGUGUGUUUCUAUGUGGCUCUUUCACUAGGUGGAUUGACCACAUUCCCAUGUCCCCGAUGGAGGGUUGUCCUACUGUAUUUCAAGUUAUUUGUAGUUUGACGCCUGGAUAUCACCAGUAUAAAUUUAUUGUCGAUGGAGAGUGGCGGUAUGAUGAGCACCAGCCUUUUGUAAGUGGUAAUUAUGGAGUGUCAAAUACAGUUUUCUUACCUAGGGAGGCAGAUGUAAUCCCUGCAACUUUUAGUCCUACUGGGCCUGGGAGAUCUAGCAUGGACCUGGAUGAUGUCUUUGUUCAUUCGGAUGUUACCCGGGGCAUAUCAGAUGCUGAUUUGGAAGUCUCUCGUCAUAGGGUUUCUGCCUUCUUGUCGACACAUACUGCAUAUGAGUUGCUCCCUGAGUCAGGCAAGGUUAUUGCAUUGGAUGUUAAACUACCAGUAAAGCAAGCAUUCCAUAUUCUCCACGAACAGGGUGUUCCUGUGGCUCCUCUUUGGGAUUUCUCGAAGGGCCAGUUUGUUGGUGUUCUCAGCGCGAUGGAUUUUAUCCUGAUUCUCAGAGAGCUUGGAAAUCGAGGAUCAAAUUUGACAGAGGAGGAGUUGGAAACUCAUACGAUCUCAGCUUGGAAGGAAGGCAAGUUGCACCUCAGAAGACAAAUCGAUGGCAAUGGAAGAUCAGAUCCUAGGCAUCUGAUCCAUGCUGGGCCUUACGAUUCGUUGAAAGACAUUUCUCACAAAAUCUUGUCGGGUAAUGUAUCAACAGUUCCAAUCAUCCAUUCUUCGUCUCAAGAUGGUUCAUUUCCACAGCUAUUACAUCUAGCUUCACUGUCAGGAAUACUUAAAUGUAUAUGCAGGCACUUUAGGCAUUCUGCUAGUACUUUGCCCAUUUUGCAACAGCCAAUUUGUUCAAUUCCUUUAGGUACAUGGGUUCCUAAAAUUGGGGAAUCAGAUCCGAGGCCUGUUGCAGUCUUGAGACCCAAUGCUUCUAUGGGUGCGGCCCUGUCAUUGUUAGUUCAAGCUGAUGUCAGUUCGAUUCCGAUUGUAGAUGAGAACGAUUCACUUCUGGACAUUUAUUCUCGGAGCGAUAUCACUGCUCUGGCAAAAGAUAAAGCAUAUGCACAGAUUCAUCUAGACGAAAUAAGCAUCCAUCAGGCAUUGCAGUUGGGACAAGAUGCAAAUUCCCCUUACAAUGGACAGCGAUGUCACAUGUGUUUGAGAUCCGAUCCACUUCACAAAGUGAUGGAGCGAUUAGCAAGUCCUGGGAUCAGGAGACUAUUGAUAGUGGAGGCUGGAAGCAAGCGAGUUGAAGGGAUCAUCUCGCUAAGUGACGUAUUCAGGUUCUUGCUCGGCUAA